CUUGGGAGCCACAAUUAAGCAGCUCUGGGAUAAAACACACAGCCCGCGGGAGCACGGGGGCAUUGCUUCAAGACAUGGCAAGGCAGGCAGCUGCACCCCUCCUCCCCGGAGUCCUCCUCCUCCUCUCCAUCCUCCCGGCUACUCAGCAAGGAGGGGUUCCUGGUGCUAUCCCGGGAGGAGGAGUCCCCGGAGGAGGCUUUUUCCCAGGUGCUGGAGUUGGGGGUUUGGGAGCAGGACUCGGGGCUGCAGGAAAGCCUCCUAAACCAGGGGUCGGAGGACUUGGGGGAUUGGGCCCCCUUGGCCUGCAGCCAGGUGCUGCGGGUCUGUUCCCCGGAGCUGCCUUUCCCGGGGGGGUGUUCCCGGGAGCCGCCUCGGCCGCGGCGCUCAAGGCUGCUGCAAAAGCUGGUGCUGGCAUUGGAGGCGUGGGUGGAAUUGGUGGUCCUGGUGGCCUCGGGGUCUCCACAGGUGCCGUGGUACCGGGCGCGGUGCAGCCCGGCCUUGGCGCGGCAGGGAAGCCCCCUAAAAUACCAGGUGCUGGGAUUCCUGGAGCUUUUCCGGGCGGCGUGCUCCCCGGCGCAGGUGUUCGCUUCCCUGGCGUGGGGGUGCUGCCUGGAGUCCCCACUGGAGCUGGAGUCAAGCCUAAAGCCCCAGGAGCUGGAGCCUUUGGAGGAAUCCCUGGACUGGGAGGUUUUGGAGGUCAGCAGCCCGGUGUCCCUCUGGGGUAUCCCAUCAAAGCUCCUAAGCUCCCAGGUGGCUAUGGACUGCCCUACACCAAUGGCCUCAGGGCUGCCGGGAUAGGAGCCGGCCUCCUGGCAGGAAAGGCAGGAUACCCCACUGGGACAGGGGUCGGAGCACAGGCGGCAGCAGCUAAGGCAGCAGCGAAACUUGGAGCCGGUGUCUUGCCCGGGGUUGGAGGCAUCCCGGGGGUCGCACCCGGUGUCGGCGUCGGCGGUGUCCCAGGAGUUGGAGUUGGAGGACCGGCAGCAGCGGCAAAGGCAGCGGCAAAGGCAGGAGCUUUUGGUGCAGGGGCAGUGCCCGGAGUCGGAGGUGUCCCUGGCUUGUUACCCGGUGUCGGAGCUGUCCCCGGGGCAGUGCCUGGUGUUGGAGGUGUCCCUGGGGUGGCAGGAGUGCCGUCGGCAGCAGCAGCAGCAAAGGCAGCUAAGUUCGGUGCUGGUGUUCCUGGUGUGGGUGUGGGCGGCGUCCCCGGCCUCGUGCCCGGAGUCGGAGCUGUCCCCGGGGCGGUGCCCGGUGUCGGAGCUGUCCCUGGCUUGGUACCUGGCGUUGGAGCUGUCCCUGGGGUGGCAGGAGUGCCGUCGGCAGCAGCAGCAGCAAAGGCAGCUAAGUUCGGUGCUGGUGUUCCUGGUGUGGGUGUAGGCGGCGUCCCCGGCCUCGUGCCUGGAGUCGGAGCUGUCCCCGGGGCGGUGCCCGGUGUCGGAGCUGUCCCUGGCUUGGUACCUGGCGUUGGAGCUGUCCCUGGGGUGGCAGGAGUGCCGUCGGCAGCAGCAGCAGCAAAGGCAGCUAAGUUCGGUGCUGGUGUUCCUGGUGUGGGUGUAGGCGGCGUCCCCGGCCUCGUGCCCGGAGUCGGAGCUGUCCCCGGGGCGGUGCCCGGUGUUGGAGCUGUCCCUGGCUUGGUACCUGGCGUUGGAGCUGUCCCUGGGGUGGCAGGAGUGCCGUCGGCAGCAGCAGCAGCAAAGGCAGCUAAGUUCGGUGCUGGUGUUCCUGGUGUGGGUGUGGGCGGCGUCCCCGGCCUCGUGCCCGGAGUCGGAGCUGUCCCCGGGGCGGUGCCCGGUGUCGGAGCUGUCCCUGGCUUGGUACCUGGCGUUGGAGCUGUCCCUGGGGUGGCAGGAGUGCCGUCGGCAGCAGCAGCAGCAAAGGCAGCUAAGUUCGGUGCUGGUGUUCCUGGUGUGGGUGUAGGCGGCGUCCCCGGCCUCGUGCCCGGAGUCGGAGCUGUCCCCGGGGCGGUGCCCGGUGUCGGAGCUGUCCCUGGCUUGGUACCUGGCGUUGGAGCUGUCCCUGGGGUGGCAGGAGUGCCGUCGGCAGCAGCAGCAGCAAAGGCAGCUAAGUUCGGAGCUGGCGUUCCUGGUAUUGCUGGUGUUCCUGGCGUUCCCGGUGUUCCUGGAGUUCCCGGUGUCCCUGGUGUCCCUGGUGUCCCAGGCGUUCCUGGUGUGCCUGGUGUUCCUGGUGCUGUGCCUGGUGUUGGAGUGGGUGGCCCAGCAGCAGCGGCCGCAGCCAAGGCUGCAGCGAAAGCAGCGGCGAUCGGAGCAGGACGCGUGCCCGGCGUUGGCGUGCCCGGCGUUGGAGUGCCCGGCGUUGGCGUUCCUGGAGUGGGUGUGCCUGGCGUUGGUGUGCCUGGCGUUGGUGUGCCCGGUCUGGUGCCCGGGGUCGGCGUUCCAGGAGGUCCGGCAGCCGCUGCCAAAGCAGCCGCCAAAGCAGCCAAGUACGGAGUGGGUGGCCUGGCUCCCGGCGUGGGCGGUCUGGCUCCCGGAGUAGGUGGUCUGGUUCCUGGAGUAGGUGGUCUGGUUCCUGGUGUUGGAGGUGUCCCAGGUGUUGGAGGUCCAGCAGCAGCAGCCAAAGCAGCAGCCAAGGCAGCCAAGUUUGGUGCCGGGGUUGGAGGGGUGCCAGGUGCGGUGCCCGGAGUGAUACCCGGUGUUGGUGGCGUGCCUGGCUUGGUGCCAGGGGUAGGAGUACCUGGAACUGGCAUCCUUCCCGGGGCAGGCAUCCCCCAAGUAGGGGUGCAGCCUGGUGCUAAACCUCCCAAAUUUGGUGUUCCUGGGGUUGGAGUCCCAGGGGUUGGUGGCCUCCCAGGUGGCCUUGGAGUCGGUGGGCUCGGAGUUGGUGGCCUCGGAGCUGCUGGGAAACCUCCCAAGCCAGGUAAGGGACAGGCAGAGGGGCUGGAAGAGUGGCUCCUGUCCCCAUUCACAUUGCCAUGGCUGUGCUCACGCUCCCCACCCUCACUGGGGCUCACCCACCUGCAGGUUUUGGUGCUGGGGGGCUGCAGCCAGGUGAGUGCUGCAGUUUGGGGCUGGCGUGGGAGUGUGUCCCGUACCCUGCCACACUCGUCCCCGCUUGCUGUCCCCAUGCUGCUGCCAUUCCCUGCUGGGCACGCGGCUGCCUGGGGGAGCACUGGGAAGACAGGAGGGUGCCAGGGUGAGGACGGCUUCUGCAUCAGCUCCUGUACCUGGCGUAAGCAAGGGAUCCCAGCCAGGCUGUCCCCAGCCCGCGUUAGGGUGGCAUUGCUGUCACUGGCUGUUGCUUUUUUCCCAGGGGCUGGAGUUCCCGGCUUCGGCGUAUCACCGAUAUUUCCAGGUGGAGUCGGCGGCCUGGGAUUUGGUGGGAAGCCCCCCAAGCCCUACGGAGGAGCCCUGGGUGCCCUGGGCUUUAGAGGCGGCGCGGGCUGCGCGGCAGGGAAGUACUGCGGGAGGAAGCGGAAGUAACGCUCCGCCACCCAUCACCUCAUGAACUUUGGUGCUACUGCAUGGUCCAGAAUGUAAAUCCGAAGCAAAGCUGAGACAGCCCUUCCUCGAGCCCCGGACCCUCCCGUCCAUCCCAGGGCCGUGCCCGGCCCCGGGUUCCCCGGAGGGACCCCGCGUCCCCCGGCAGCGUCCGUCCCCCCCCCGCCCCUCGGUCCCGGCAGGGAGCGCGGAAUAAAGUGCGGGGAGCAGCCGUCCCCCUUGGUGCUAUCGCUCUCUGCGGGAUUUAGGGGGGCCUGGGCUCUCGGGCCCCUCCCCAGCCCCAGAGCUGGCCCCCGGGGGGGGACACAGGAUGAGGGGCACCCCACAUUGAAGGGAGGGAAGGGGAUGCCUGCGGCGGGGGCUGUGCGGGGAGGGAUGGCCCCGUCAGCCUGGCCCCCGCUCCGGUCCCGCGCUCCCCUCGGUUUAGGGGGGCCGCGGGCCGGAGGGGCUCGGUCCCUUCACGUUGCUCACUUUGCUAUAACUGGGUGGGACGCCCUAUACAGAGGGACUCGCUUCUGAUAGACUAAUA